AUGGAGGAGCAGCCGCGGACUCGGCGCGUCGGGAUCCUGGGAUACGGACAGCUCGGGCAGUUCCUGGUGUCGCAGCUGCUGUCGCACGGUCCGUCCGUCGGUCUGUCCCUCGCCUUUGUCUGGGCUCGCCGCUGGGAGGCGCUGGAGGCGCUGCCGCCCGCUCUGCGCCUGCGCGACCUGAGCGACCUGCCCACCACGGGGGUGGACCUGGUGGUGGAGGUGGCACACCCGUGUGUGACACAGGAGCACGGCGAGGACAUCCUGGGACACGCCGACCUCAUGCUGGGCUCGCCCACGGUGCUGGCGGACGCCGUCACCGAGGGGCGGCUGCGGGCGGCGGCGGCGCGCGGGGGCCACACCCUGUACGUGCCCCGGGGGGCGCUGUGGGGCUGCGAGGACAUCGCGCGCAUGGACAGCGCGGGGACGCUGCAGGCGCUGAAGGUGACAAUGACCAAGUCCCCCGGCAGUUUCCGUCCCCAGGGCUGGCUGUCCCCGCGCGUGGCGGCCGCGGUGGCCUCGGGGACACGGACGGUGCUCUACGAGGGUCCCCUGCGCCCGCUCUGUCCCCUCGUCCCCAACAACGUCAACACCAUGGCGGCCGCCGCGGUGGCAGCGCCGCGCCUGGGCUUCGACGGCGUCACCGCCCGCCUGGUGGCCGACCCCAGUGUCCCCGACUGUCACAUCAUCGACGUCGAGGUCACCGCCGUCCCCGAGCGCGGCCGCUCGCUGACCGUCACCAGCACCCGCCGCAACCCCGCCGAGCCCGGCCGCGUCACCGGCAGCGCCACCCGCCACAGCUUCUGGAGCAGCGUGCAGGCCUGCACGGGACACGGCGGCUGCGUCAAGCUCUGCUGA